UAUUUGAAGAUCUUUUAGAGAGAGGAUAGGUUGUUUAGAAAACAGAGAAAAACAGGGAGACAGCUCUUUGGAGAUCCUGGUCUAUCAGUCCCUAGCAACAUUCUGUUGUGAAAGUUGGAAUACAUUUAUUCAUUUCUUAAUUCAAGUAAGAUGUUUCUUUAGAGAAAAUAUUCCAGUUGGACAUCCAUUCAAAAGCCAUGACAAUUAUUGCUAUCUAUGGUCAUUAACCAUGAAAUAUCGGUGUUAUUUCUCAUUGCUGCUCAAGAGCAGUUCUAAAUUGCACUAAUGCAUCCUUUACCGUAGAAGGGGGGAAGGUCUAAUUAAAUUUUAUUGCUGUCUAAUUUAGAAGGGGUUCAGGAUGUGAGAGAACCAGUAGAGAUGAGAGAAAUCUGGACUGUUUGCUGUAAUCCUGCACAACUAAAACCAAGGCAACAUGAUUCAGAAAUGUUGUCGUUUAUUGACAGUCCUUUAGCCCAACACCUGGGAUUUGAGCAGGAGACUUCCAUUAUGCAGAUAACUCCCAGUGCUAUUGAUGAAAAUUAAAUACAUAACGAACUCUCCCGCCCACAUAGAAUGCUAGACGCCUGAGAGCACUUUUAAUUGCAAUGUACCUCCCUCUGCAAAAAAGCUAAUUGCAUCUGCUUCCCUUUCCUUUAGGUACCCAAGUAAGGACAGGAAUAAUGAAGAGACACGUGUGUUAGUUGCAACCUUUUGAACCAAGCAAGAAGGAAGUCAACAGUGUGGACAGGGCUGGAACGGUUGCCACGCUUGCUUGUUGGAGUGAAUGAGGAAUGGGCUUGUGAUUAUGCUGACAUUCCAGCAUGAAUCUGGUAGACCUGUGGUUAACCCGUUCCCUCUCCAUGUGUCUCCUCCUACAAAGUUUUGUUCUUAUGAUACUGUGCUUUCAUUCUGCCAGUAUGUGUCCCAAGGGCUGUCUCUGUUCUUCCUCUGGGGGUUUAAAUGUCACCUGUAGCAAUGCAAAUCUCAAGGAAAUACCUAGAGAUCUUCCUCCUGAAACAGUCUUAUUGUAUCUGGACUCCAAUCAGAUCACAUCUAUCCCCAAUGAGAUUUUUAAGGACCUCCAUCAACUGAGAGUUCUCAACUUGUCCAAAAAUGGCAUUGAGUUUAUCGAUGAGCAUGCCUUCAAAGGAGUAGCUGAAACUUUGCAGACUCUGGACUUGUCUGACAACCGGAUUCAAAGCGUGCACAAAAAUGCCUUCAAUAACCUGAAGGCCAGGGCCAGAAUUGCCAACAAUCCUUGGCACUGUGACUGUACUCUACAGCAAGUUCUGAGGAGCAUGGCAUCUAACCAUGAGACAGCCCACAACGUGAUCUGUAAGACUUCUGUGUUGGAUGAACACGCCGGGAGACCAUUCCUCAAUGCUGCCAAUGAUGCUGACCUUUGUAACCUCCCUAAAAAGACUACUGAUUAUGCCAUGCUGGUCACCAUGUUUGGCUGGUUCACCAUGGUGAUCUCCUAUGUGGUGUAUUAUGUGAGGCAAAAUCAGGAGGAUGCCCGGAGACACCUUGAAUACUUGAAAUCCCUGCCGAGCAGGCAGAAGAAAGCAGAUGAGCCCGAUGACAUUAGCACUGUGGUAUAGAGUCCAAGCAGACUGGCACUGAGAAAGAAAUUAGUUGGCAAUUGCAAUAGAUUAAGUGGUUUACUUCUCCCAUCCAUUGUAAACAUUUAAAACUUUGUAUCUCCGUUUCUUUUGAAUUAUGCCACUGUUGAACUUUUAACAAACAUGAUGACAUAACGAAUCAUUUUAGUUUAGGUGACCCACCCCUUACUUGUACCCCUAGUGGUAUAUUCCUGAGUAAGCUACUAUCUGAACAUAACUUAGAUCCAUCUCACUAUUUAAUAACGAAAUUUAUUUUUUUAAUUUAAAACCAAAUAAAAGCUUAACUUUGAACCAUGGAAAA